CGGUUCGGAGCGGGAGGUGCCGGGUUCUCAGCCACUUUCAUAUUCGAUUCGAGCAAUACUGGGUUUCCUUUCCGGUCCUCUUUAUAUUUGAUAUUGCAAAUUAGCUUCUUGUGAAUGUUAACUCACUUACAUGUCGUUAGGUUCGAGAUCUGGGCGGGCGGGUCAGGUCUGUACACCUACGCCGUGUCCGCUACCGGUGUGUGUGGGGCCGAGCCUCUACCGGCGACCCCGCGUGUCACCCUAUUGGCCGCCAGCCCUGAGGAGCCCUACGUGGCCCUGUACUGUGAACCAGGGGUAUGCGUGUACCAGUGGUCGGUCCGCAGCCGCCAGCAGACCGCGCGCCUGGACUGCAGCAAGCUGGUGCCGUGCAGCGAGAGCCUGCAGUCCCUCGCGCUGGACUCGCGGCCCGGCGAGGACCUCGGCCGGGUGACGGCGCUGGCGGCGCUGGGCGGGGCGCUGUACGUGGGCACGGCGUGGGGCGUGCUGCUCGUGUGCGCGGCCGCCAGCCUGCGCCCGCUCGCCGUGUUCCGCCCUUACGAGCAGAGCGUAACGUCAAUAGUACCAUUAUACCCGCACCGCGGCUCGCAGGCCGCCAUGCUGGCCACGCUGGGCACCGGCUACCGUCCGCUGCUGCACCGCUAUGCACCACAACAGCCCAACACAUCGAACAACUCGUACAGCGGUCCACAUUGCCUCCUGUGGCGCGCCGGCCACUGGCUGCCCGACUAAACACGUCCGACGGAUGUACACGUCUAACUCACAUCAUGUGAAUGGAUAUUGGAUAUAUGCUGUUACGUUGAUGGAUUAGUGUUUUAUAUUAAACACGCCCUGUAUGGAUACGGAUAUACACGUCCCCCAGCUCAGCCAACGACGUAUAUGCACGUCCAGCAACUCGCACAGGAUACUCCGGACAAUGAAUGUUGUCGAUCGGUUAGUGUUUUAUAUCAAACACGUCUUACACGGAUAUACACGUCUAGCUGGCGCAGCCUUACGAUGGAUAUACACGUUCAACAACUCGCACACGACGGAAAAUGGAUAUUAGAUAUGUGCUGAUUUACAUCGAUGGGUUAGUUUUUUAUAUUAAAAACGGACAAUAUACAUUUAUCAGCUCGUUUGACAUAGCGCUGUACUUAGUAUAUCGAUUUCAUUAUUUAAACUAAUAUUUUUGUCAAAAUGUAGUGUGACUAAGUUUGACGCUCAGUUUGGGAAACUAGUAAGCAAGAUAAAUUAAUAUUGAACCCUCUCAACGCCAUGAAUACCUUUAAACACCCCUAAAGUUGUCAUAAAUAACUGGGUGAAUCAACUUUUUGUUUCACUACGUUGGCAUUUUAUGGUUGGUGUUUUCUAAUGUGUUGCAGAAAGUUGUUUAUUACAUUUCUGUAUUGCGUAAUGUUACUUAGUAGAAGUAUCCUUGGCAGAAAUACUUCUGGCAUUCUGUUUUCCGCAUAAUAUUACUUCGCGCUUUUAUUUUCGCGUAAUAUUAUUUGGCAGAAAACCCUAACCUAACCCACUUAGAAAAUCCUGCCAAAUUAAUAUUAUGCGUAAUGACUAUUAUGGCAAGUAUAUAUUUGUGCGUCGUCGUUCGUGCGAUUAGACUGAAGUUUUUCUCCGAUACGUAUUAUGCGAAGUGUAUUUCUGACAAAUAAUAUUCUGACAGAUGAGGGUAACCCAUAAAGGUAACCCGCAAAAAAAGUCAACCAUCCAAUUUGACGACCUGGCUGGCCUAGUGGGUAGUGACUCUGCAUAUAAAGCUGAUGGUCUCGGGUUCAAAUCCUUGUAAAAUCAUUUAUUUGUGUGAUGAGCACGGAUAUUUGUGCCUGAGUCAUGGGUGUUUCUAUUUAAAUAUUUAUAUAUUA